AACCCUCACCGUACAGUCUGAGGAAGUGAGACGCAGAGUCUCAGACCCCCGAAGUCCUCCUCUCCUUCAUCAUUCUUUUUUUUUUUAUAUAAUUGAAAUCAUUUUCAGGUCUUUCAUCAUUCGUCACCUCAUUUAUUAACAGCGUCAUCAACACUCUCCCCAAGGUUAAUUCGUCCUUCUCCUCCAAACAAAAUUGCUGUUUCAGAAUUGAAAAGAAAAGUUUGGCAGAAGGAGAUUGAUUUUAAAGGAAUGGCAACGAAUGAAGUGACGGUGAGCGUUCUUCUUGAUCAUGGUGCACUUGUAAACAAGACAUAUGGCCGAGUUAGACUUAGGUGCAAUUACUGUGGAAAAGAGGUAAGCGGUUAUUCUCGUCUCAAGCAACACUUAGGAGGAGGUAUGCGUGGAGAAGUAACACCUUGUUUUAAAGUCCCGGAGGAUGUCAAGGUACAAAUGGAGAGCAGGUUGCCCAGAACAAAGAAAGCACAUGUGAACAAUUCUAGACAAGGUAAGAAUGAAGCUGUUGUAGAUUUUCAUCAUCAUGGUACACUUGUAGAUGGCGUCAAGAGGCGAGUUAGGUGCAAUUAUUGUGGAGAAGAAAUAAAUAGUUAUUCUCUAUUUUUGUAUCACUUAGUCGGAAUAGAUGAAUAUGUAGUAGCAUGUAAUAAAGUUCCAGAGGAUGUUAGGGUACAUAUGAGGAACAAAUUGUUACCAGACACAAGGAAACAACAUGAACACAGGGAAGUUCUUCAAUGGUCCGAUUCGAGUUCUUCUUUGAUGAAGGAUUCCAGCUCUGACGACUAUUCCCCUGAUGAAUCAAGUUCUUCUUGGACGAGGGAUUCCAGCUCCGACGACUCCUCCCCUGAUGAAGCGAGUGUAGAUGUUCGAUAUCAUGCUACAGUUCUUGAUACGAAAAAAGGUCGGGUUAGGUGCAAUUAUUGCGCAAAGGAGAUGAAUAAUUAUACUCGUUUUAGGCAACACUUAGGCGGAAUACGUGGACAUGUAUCACCUUGUGUUGAAGUUCCAGAGGUUAUUAAGGUGCAAAUGAGGAAAUACAGCCUACGCGCUUUAUCACGGAAGAGGAAACACAGCAUUGUAGUUGAGUACUCUGGAUCAGACCAAGUGGAUGAGAAAUUACAGGUUUUGCAUAACCCCGAAACAGUAAACGAAGAAGAAGCUGAAGAUGACUCACCUAGGCAAACUCAGAGGUGUGUCGGCAGAUUCUUUUUUGCAAAUGGAAUUGAUUUUAGUGCUGCGAACUCAUCUACCUUCGAGAAAAUGAUACAUGCUUUGGUUGGAGGUGGUUCCACGGCAUAUAAGGUCCCUAGUUGUGAUGACCUCAACGGGUGGAUCCUAGAGGGAGAACUGAAAGCUAUGCGAGAGCAUGUGCAGGAAGUUGUGUGUUCUUGGGGAAGCACUGGGUGCAGCAUAUUGCUGGAUGGGUGGACCGAUGACAAAGGGAGAAAUAUGAUUAAUUUUGUAGUUGAUAGCCCACAGGGUCCCAUAUUCAUGAAGUCGGCCGAUUUCUCAGAUUCCAUUGGAGAUGUAGAUGCCAUGAUCUCACUGUUUAGUGGAGUUAUUGAAGAGAUAGGAGUACAGAAUGUGGUUCAAAUUGUCACAUAUACUACUGGGGUUUCAAUGGAGGCAGUAGGUAAACAAAUGACAGAGAAAUAUAAGAGUAUAUUUUGGACUGUUUGUGCAUCUCACUGCAUAGGCCUCAUGUUGGAAAAGAUAGGAAUGUUGGGCACUGAGAGAGGAGUACUGGGUAAGGCAAAGACCAUAACUAAGUUCAUUUACAGCCAUGAGACAGUUUUGAAGCUCAUGAAAGAACACACUCUUGGAUUCGACCUAGUUAGUUCCUCCAGGAUAAGAUCAAUGAUGCCUUUUUUAAUAUUGGAGACAAUUGAGUUUCAAAAGAAUAAUUUGAGGAAGAUGUUCAUUUCGCCGGAAUGGAAGAACUUGACAUUGGCUUCAACAGCUGAUGGAAGGAUGGUGGCUGAUUUGGUCACAGGGGAGUCUUCUUUCUGGGCUGAAGUUGAGAUGCUUUUGAAGGCAAGUACUCCGCUUAUACGUGCUCUGCAUCUACUUAAUGGAGAAGAUAGCAGACCCCAGUUGGGCUACAUAUACAGGACAAUGGGCAGGGUCAAGGAGACAAUAAAAAAGAUGUAUGAAGGAAGGAAAGCAGAAUUUCAACCUUUCUGGACAGUCAUCGAUGGGAUUUGGGAUGAUCAACUUCAUAGCCCUAUCCAUGCAGCAGGCUACUACUUAAAUCCGGGUCUCUUUUACUUUAAAGAUUUCUAUGCUGAUAAUGAGGUUAAGGCCGGACUUCUGUGCUGCAUCGUACGGAUUGUGGAGGAUGAACGUGAACAGGAUUUGAUAGUAUUACAAUUUGAUGAGUAUAGAAAGGCUAGUGGAGCUUUUGGCGAUGGGGAUGCUGUUGAUCAAAGAGCAAAGAUUGCUCCAGCAAAGUGGUGGUCCCUGUAUGGAGGCGAAUGCCCUGAAUUACAACGAUUUGCGAUAAGAAUUCUGUCUCAGACCUGUACUGGUGCCGUAAGAUAUGGUUUGAAAAGGAGUCUAACUGAGGAACUACAUAUAAAGAAGGGAAGGAACUGUUUAGAGCAAAAACGGUUGACUGAGCUGACAUUCGUUCACCAUAAUCUUCAGUUGCAAAAUUUACCUGCUUCAAACUCAGAUUACACCGACAUAUUUCUUGAACCGAUCGAUCCAAUGGAUGAAUGGAUUGGUGGAAGUGGCAUGGUAGAGAAAGCAGCUAAACAAAAUGGUAAUGUUUAAAAUAGCUGGAUGUUCAGUAGAUAGUGACUGUCAACAGAGACAAAGAGUAAUACAUAGCAAUUUUGAACUCCUAUUUCCUACUUACUUUCGUUAUCCACUUAAAUCAAGAGUUGUUGUUCCAUGGAAAGAAAACUACAGAAACAGUAUUAGAACAGACAGAGUUUGUACAUAAAGCCAAGAAAAUGCAGCGGCAGUGGCUUGAGGUGGUAAUUACAAAUUACAUAUAUGAUUGAUUAUUAUCUAUAAGUAACUUUAAAUAUCUUUUAUGUCCAUCUUUUUUUCAUUUGUUAUUUUGAAAUGUACCUUAUACAUACUAGAUUAUGCCAUCAUGUUCGGCUUUGUAAUGCUUACUUGGUCACCAAAAUGUUGCAUUUCUGAUGCGUCGUACUGGGAACCAUGUAGCACUUCUUCUUUAGAAGCUCAGAGGUUUUGCAAUUUUUACUUAAUUGGAAAAAUUAUUGGCUAAGAUAAUCGUCGCUGAAGAAGAAACAAUGUAAGAAGAGGCGAUGGAGGAGAAGAAGAGA